AUGCCCAGAAUAGGAAAUGGAGGAGGAACUCCAGCUGAAUUAUACAUUUUAGCUGACAAAGGAUAUCCCUGUGAAUAUCCUCUAUUGACACUUUGGAGAGAACGAGCUGUGGCUGGAGAUGAACGGAGGAAACUAUUUGACCUUCAAUUAAGGAGAGUGCUAGCCAGGUUAGAACAUUGCAUCAGACUUGUCAAAGAAUAUGGAGCUGUGAACCAACUUUGGUGGCGUGAACAGUGGAUGUUUCCUGUAGUUAAUGAACUUUGCGCAUUCUUUGUGCAAAGACACAUUAAUCUCUCUAGUGUACUGUGA